AUGGCAUGGAGGGAUGGUUGCACUGUUCAGAUUUUACAGCAUGGUAGAUUUUUCAUUGCGGCAUCAGUUCUGACAGCUGGUUCUAAUGAUCCCUAUGGUGUUCUAGGUGUUUAUCUCAGUUCAAAUGAUCAACAUAGAAGGGCUCAAUUUGCUGAAUUAACUUCAGUCACCCAACAGUUCGAUGGUAAGGUUGUGUUAAUGGGGGAUUUUAAUGCCAUUUCUAAUCAAUUGGAGAAAGCAGGUGGGGGUGCUAAAUCUCAUUCUUCUAUUGAAACCUUUAAUAGUUUUAUUGAUGACAAUUCUCUGAUUGAUAUUGCUACUUCACAUUGGGCUAUUAGAAAAACCAUUGUCUCUAUUGGGCCGCCUUGGGUUUCUCCUGCUUCAGCCAUGCCUCGCCUUCGCCGUAGUUCUCCCACGCUCUCAACAUCGCCGUCGAGUCCAACCCCUAUACCCGCCAAAUUCUGGCGCGCAUGCGCUGGAAUCUCUGCGCGGGCACCAGUAAUGAACUCUAAGGUUUAUUACUUUCCACAGGGACACAUCGACCAAGCUGCUUCGAAACCGCGAAAUCUUUCAUCUCUAGUUUACGCCAGGCCGGUCAUCCCUUGCCGUGUCUCCGCCGUCAAUUUCUUCGCGGACCGUAAUACUGACGAGGUCUUCCUCAAGAUUCUUCUCCAUCCUGUCACCGAUGGAUCAGCUCAAGAUUUUUUUCCACCUGCCGGCGCCGCCGAAGGCAGCGGUGGCAAUGGCAAUGGCGACGAUGAAAAGGUUGAGUCGUAUGCCAAGAUUCUCACGCGGUCAGAUGCGAACAAUGGUGGAGCAUUUUUGGUGCCGAGGCUCUGUGCGGACUUGAUCCUCCCGCCGUUGAACUUUGAAGAAAAACGGCCGGGGCAGACGCUUAGCAUUACCGACCUUCAUGGCAAUGUUUGGGAGUUCCGCCAUGGCUACCGCGGAAGGCCGAAGCGGCACCUUUUGACUGCAGGGUGGAGCAAGUUCGUGGACAGCAAGAAGCUUAUCUACGGGGAUACUCUAAUCUUCAUGAAGGACUCCGAUGGGAAGAUAUUCGUCGGGUUACGCCGCAAUAUGUCGCCGGACGAGGACGGAUUGGACUGGUUAUCAGCAGCGUCCGUGGGGAUGGACGAGCUGGAAAAGGAAGAAGAAGAGGUGAUGACAGAAGGGUUUGCAAGGAACGGGAAGGGGAGGGUGACUUCAGCGUCGGUGGCAGAGGCUAUGGAGCUGGCAGCGCAGAACAAGCCGUUCGAAGUUAUUUACUAUCCGAGUGUGGGAUGGGAGGAGUUUAUUGUGAAGGCAGAAGAUGUGGAGACGAAGAUGAAUGAUGUUCUUUAUAGUGUUGGGAAGAGAGUGAAGAUGGCCAGAGAGAACUACGAUUCUUCGCAGAUGACUUGGUUUCAAGGAACUGUUUCUGGUAUUUCUGUUCCCGCUGAUGAUCAACCAUGGAGCAGUUCUCCUUGGCGCAUGCUUCAGGAGUCUUUGUUGACUUUUGUAACUGAAAUGUUUUCCAUUGAAGGAAACUACAUCAAAUUACUGGUCACAUGGGAUGAUCAUGAUGAAAUCUUGAAGAAUGCAAACUCAGUCAGUCCAUGGCAGGUGGAGAUUCUUUCUGCCUUACCUUCAACUCCCGCGGCAUUCCCCCCAACAAAGAAGCUUAGAGUUACUAAUAGAGAGGAAGAAUCCUCCCUUUCUAUACCAAGAUUCUCUAGUCCUAAUUCAGCAAUGGUACUGUUUAAAGAAGCAUUAUUGAGUUAUUAUGGCAAAACUUCUCCUGCUGCCAUGCAGGGAGCCAGGCAUGAUGUCUCUUCUGCUCCUAUUUGUUCCAUUUUUGCAAGUAACAACUCUCCAACGUUUAUGGAUAAUUCCUUGGGGAACAACAUAGUAGUACCGAGGACUGAUACUAUAUUGACAGAACAACCUAACAGCAACUCAGCCAAAUCUGGCCAUUCUACUACUGUUUCAUUUCAGCUAUUUGGUCAUACUAUCCGGUUAGAACAACCUGCUGAAAUUGGUGACCAUAAUAGAGAUGACAAUAAUAGAGACAUUGACAACCCAGUCCAACAAACUUUGACUUGCACAAACUUACUUCAUUACCUUGAUGAUGGGGAAUAUCUGCGCAAGUGA